GCGCAUGAAAAUCACUGUCGCCAGAGGAAAAAAAUCUCUCGGGGGAUUUUCUUCGGUCUCCCUGCCAAAUUUUCCUGUGUUUACCAAACAACAGUGCUGUUGGUGAUAAAAUGUACACCGUGGUGAUCUAUUUGUGCCAGUGAGUUGUGCAAAAAGAGCAGAAAAGUGGUGAUUUUGGGUGGGAAACGGUGAGAAAAGUUGGGAAAUAAUGAGAGAGAUAACCUCAAAGGGGAAGGAAAAGUUAUCUGGUUGAAAAGUUCUGCCUCGUCUCGCAGCAUCCGGGUCAUCUCGCAAGAAAAUCUUCUUCCAAGCAGGAAGGAUGUCUUCGGAAGCCCUGCCAAUUCUCCUCAUAACAGCCAACGUUGGGAGUGUCUUUGAAGAUCCGUCAAAGCUGCUCAAAACAUGGGUGCAGGAGUUUAUGGGCGUCAUCAGGAAGUGGGAGCCGGUUUUUCUGGCUGUGCACAUGCAAGAAGUCGGUGGGAAGACGUACGAGAAGUCCAUGGAGUAUGUGCAGGAGUUCAUAAAGAUUCUCUGUGAAGCCAGCGAGUUGGCGAAUUACGAUAGAAUCCGGAUUUACCUAGAUGAGGACUACCAAUCUGCUGAACAUUUUACCGCCUUGGGAAAUCUCUACUUUGCCAGAAACUCCAUCAAAUCCCUGAAGAUCUGGAACUUCCUCAUUCAUGAGUGGGAGGAUGUUGUGGGCAAGAGCAUCCACACGGGCAGCAUCGAGAGCAUUCCCACGAAGGAGAAGGCUAAGUUUCCGCAGAACUUCUUUCCUGAGUGCAAAUGGUCACGCAAGGGCUUCCUGCGCACCCGCUGGGACAUUGAGGGUAGUGUCAUGGAUUUCGUGAAUAUCCACUUGUUCCACGACGCCUCCAAUUUGGCAGCAUGCGAGGAAUUUCCCUCCGUGUACUGCAAAAGUCGACGACGGGCGCUCGUGCACACGCUGGAGCGCUUCGAGAAGGACUCGGCAAAUUCGCGGACCCCCUACUUUGUCUUCGGUGAUUUCAAUUUCCGCUGUGAUACUGAAGGGGUGGUGAAGAAGCUUACGGAAGCCCUCACGGCACACCGAGUUGCCAACAAAAAUGCCGACAGCGUGAAAAUGCAAUACCGCGAUUCUGAUGGACAGAAUGUACUUACAGUGGGCAAAAAGGAGUUCACCCAUGCCGAUCAUCAGACGCAGUUCAAGGGAGAAUGGCUGAGGAAGUUCGACAGAGAACUCGAUCCACUGAGGGAGAUUCUCUUUGAAUAUCCCGUUUCAUUCCCACCGUCCUACCCAUUCGAGGAGGAUCCAGAGAUGCCGCAGAACUACAUGAACUCUCGCUGUCCAGGUUGGUGUGAUAGGAUUCUGAUGAGUCCCUCGGCAAAGCAGUUAAUUGACAAUGAGAACACAAAUUACUCAUUGAUUGGGGAGGAUUUUUGCAUGGGGGAUCACAAGCCGGUCUAUCUGCAAUUUCAGCUGAAGCCAAACCAAGGAUCUGUGGAGAGUUCCCGUGAGAUUGGAGAAAUAAUUGCGGCAAUAAAUGAUAUGAUUGAGAAUGAAUUUGCAAAGCAAUUGGAUGUCAAGAGACACUCGUACAUCCAAAUAAAUUCCGGAGGCGACGGUGAUGUUCUUUUGAAUGGUCAGGCAAUGAUUUUUCGCGAGACAACCGUGUAAAGAGAUGUUCAAGAUAUUUUCUAAUCAAAAUAUUUUAUAGAUAUUAUUUUAAUCUACCUCCGUCCCGAUUUAAUACAGCAGUAUUGUUUUGAAAGUGUAUUGUAAUGCGAUUGUUUAUUUUUUUGUAAAAUGGGAAUCAAGCAAAGCGAACCAUAAAUGGGAGAGUUUGAGCGGUUUUUUUGUACUUUUUCGGGGAACAUCACAAUUCCAAGUCCUCCAAAAUUGUUUAAUGUAUUUUAGACGAGAGUGAGAAACAUGCUCCAUUAAUCAUGUUUUGCAGCAGCAUCACGUAUUCAUGAAAUUGUUGAAUAUUAUACAGCUAAAGGAACAUGCAAAUUUGAUCGCGAAAGAGUCAUUUUUAGAUAUAAUUGUUCUAGCACGUAAGACAAGUUCUUUGAAACAUUUAAUUCCAACAUAUAAAAUAAUACAUAAGCUAGUCAAUUUAGACAUAAACGUAGUACAUAAAGUGUUACUCUUGUUGUACUCUAGAGAGACAGAGAAUUUGAAGAAGAUGGAAUUUUAGUGUAUAGUUGAGUGUAUGUAUGUAAUCGAGUAAGGAAUCUUUAGAGGACAUCUUUUGUCCAUUUGUCACACCCACAAGCAAUGGGACACAGAAAGUUCAUAAGAGUAGGAUUGGAGUGUAGCAAUAGAAGGCAUCUAUCAUGAAAAAGAGCUUCAAUUUUCAUUCUAUGUCCUGUUAUUUGAGAAUUAAAGUUCUAAAUAAAUGUUGACGAUGGAGAUCAGUGUGUAA